GUAUGUUUAGGGCAUUAUCUCGUCGCGUUCCCAAUCAAAGAUAUUCUUCACCAAAUGCACGAAUGGAAAAUGUCUUCUUGAAACCCUAAUUUUGUCUCUUCAUAGUUCCAGAUUUUUCGGGUUUAUUAUUGUAACUUAUUCAGAUUUCUUGGGUUUAUAGAGCCUUUCUUCAAGCUCACAAUUUCUAGGUUUUCUAUGUGAUUUCAGAUUUGUAGGUAAGUCUUUCAAUGGCUCAAAGAAUCAUUCAAUAUUUGCCAUUAUCACGAAUGAAUCCAUGAAUUUUCUGUAUUUUUUCAACGGUUUUUCUGUAUCUUUAUACCCAUCUUGGCAUUCUAUGGUUAUCAAGUUUGCAGUCGAUGCAAAUCUAGGGUUUUGAUGGGUUUUGAGCUCCAAUGGAAUUCUUCUUUAUUGAAUUAUCUGGAUCUGGAGGGUGCCCAUCCUAAUACUAUGGCUGAAGAAUUAGCGUUGCAAGUUGGUGUUAAUGCUGAGGUUUCGAGAAAUGAGGGAAACGAGGAUUACCAGAAAUUGACUCCUUCUGGCCGAUAUUGGGUUCGUAACACUAGUCCUUCUCGCCAAAAGACGGUCAGAACCAAGCCAAGGGGUCUUGAUGAAGAAACCUCAGCUAAUUUUAGCAGAAUUGUUCAGGUUGACAUUCGAAUGGAUGAUAACAUUUGGGGAUCAUUGCCUGAUGAUAUUUUGAUUGAAAUCCUUGCUAGGCUCCCGCCUUUCACUCUCUUCAAGCUUCGAUCUGUGUGCAAAGCAUGGAAUUUGAUCCCUAGAAACCCUAGUUUCCUUAAAUUCCACGCUCGUGCACCAUCCCAUGGUCCAUGCCUUCUUACUUUUUGGAAGAAUUUGCAGAUGCCCCAAUGUUCAGUUUUCAGUAUGCCAUUAAAGGCCUGGUAUCGCCUGCCCUUUAGCUUUUUGCCUGAUUGGAUCUUUUGGCUUGUAGGUUCAUCGGGUGGUUUGGUUUGCUUCUCAGGUUUAGAUGGGUUAGACUUCAAGACCAUUGUCUGUAAUCCUCUUACACAAACUUGGAGAAUUCUCCCUAAUAUGCGUUAUAAUCAACAGAGACAAUUGAUCAUGGUGGUUGAUCGUGUAGAUGGUUCCUUUAAGGUUAUUGCUGCUAGUGAUAUAUACAAUGACAAGGCAUUACCAACUGAAGUUUUUGAUUCAAAGCUAAACAGUUGGUCACUGAAUCAAAUUAUGCCGGCUGUGAAUCUUUGCUCAUCGAAAAUGGCAUUUUGUGAUUCAAGGAUUUACUUAGAGACUCUCUCUCCUUUGGGGCUAAUGAUGUAUAGAAUUGAUACUGGGUGUUGGGAGCACAUACCAGCAAAAUUUCCAAGGUCUCUACUUGAUGGGUAUUUAGUUGCAGGGGCAAGAUCACGAUUGUUCUUGGUAGGAAGGAUAGGACUUUAUAGCACUCAUCAGAGUAUGAGGAUUUGGGAAUUGGACCAUGUUAGGACAAUGUGGGUCGAGAUAAGUAGAAUGCCUCAGAGAUACUUCAGGUCUUUGUUGAGGUUAUCAGCAGAAAGAUUCGAGUGCUUUGGGCAAGAUAAUUUAAUAUGCUUCACUUCAUGGAACCAGGGCAAGGGGCUCCUUUAUGAUGUGGAUAAGAAGGGGUGGUCGUGGAUUGCUGGUUGUGCUCUUCAGUCAUGGAACAGCCAAGUCUGCUUUUAUGAACCCAGGCUUGAUGCUUCCGUGUUCUAGGAAUUGUUGUUGUAAAGACAGAGAAAGGGCUAUCACGGGGUGUAAUAUAUUUAUCUGAUAUCUUGAGCUUGGGCCGUGACAUGAGCUCUUAUGAACAAAGUUCCAACACAUCUAUAUACUAGGAAUUGAUGUUUGAACAAUGUAAAGGGACUUUGGUGUUGGCUGUGGGGUGUAACAUUAUUUGUUUAAUUUAUCAAAGGGAGAAUACCAUUCUCUUGUUUCAAGGAUGUCUGGUGUAGCUUGGGGUUCUAAUGAGCUGCAUAACUUUAAUAGUCAAAGGAAAAUAAGCUGCACUAUUUGGGGAUAUGAAAUUCACUUUUGUUGAGGGGGAGGAAUACAUCUAGUUAUGUGACUGCCAUGGAGACAUGUAGAAGACCAGGAAUUCACUGGGCUUUAUGUUUCUUGAUUGUGGGUCUGGGAUAUAAGGAUUCACUUUCUUGGGCAAGAGUUUCAGCUUAGUCUCGUGGUCCAAGAAUUGCAUCUUUUUGUAAGUUUUCAUUUGUUUUAAUAACUUGUAAUGCUCGUUAAGCAAUCCAUUGUUCAAUAAAUUUGAGUUGCAUUUAGUUUGUACUCUUUUUCUUGGUUGAUAAGCUUGGGCUUGCAAUGUGAAGUCUAAUGGUUGGGUACUAAGGCGUCCAUCCAAUGUUCGACAUUCCUCUUGAUGUUCUUAAUGGUACUUUCUGUCAUGUACUAUUCAU